GCGGAAAAGUUUCUACCUUCAUAAGGAACUCCUUCCCCGCAGUGCGGAUCUCAAACUGACCCUCUUCGCUCUCCACAUCGUAGCUGAAGCACGCAUCGCCUAUCUCGAUGUGCCCGAGCGGCAAGGCAUCUUGGGGAGUCUUGAAGUGAUACAAAUAACAUUUCCUCGGAUCGUACACGAACCACCUCGGCUUGUAACCCCUAAGAGGCCCCUUACCGGACAGUUUGUUCAAGUAGCCGCACAGCUUGGAGGCCUGCUCCUUCGCUCCCUCGACCUCGGCCACAUCCACAGACCUGCAGGCCACAAUCCGGGAAGCUGUGCAGGAGUUUGCGUCGCAGCCAUCCUCCUCUUCGUGCAUCUUCUUUCCUCGAAGUUUCUUCUUCGUGCAGCGCAGCGGAUGCCCACUCCUGUUUCCAUCCGCAUGACAGCCUGCCUCUUGGAGAGGGGGAGCAUGGGAGAUGUAGUGUAUUUCAACGGUGACGUGGUGUUACUUGUGUAUGUUUGAGGAUGCAUUACCGCUGGGUGGUGGUGUUUGACCAGAUGUGCAACCUGAGACACUCCAGCUGCUAAUGUGUCAUACUCCCUCAGAACACCUUCGGUUGGAUGUUACAGACUGUUCAGAAGUUGAGAGAAGCAUUUGAAAGUUUGCUGAAAUGACACCAGGUUCAAACUGCACACGCUUAAGGACAGGGAUUGAAAGAAAUUGCUGUGUACGGUACAAACAACAGAAACCCAGAUCAGGGUCAGUGACAAAGGAUCCCAGACCUAGAAAAUCCCCCUGCCUCAGGACCUGUCUGACAUUUUGCUUUAAGGACCAGGCAAGGAUGGAGCAAAGGGAGUCACCAGUGGAUUCUCAUGUUGAGGGGACUGAAGGAAGACUCAGGGAAUUGGCUUCAAAGUGGUUCAUAGAGACUCAAGUUCCACUCAUUGUCCACAACGGCUUCUUCCCCACUUGGUUCCUGGGCUUCAUCACAAGAAAGGAGGGUGAAGAAAUACUCAGAGAAAAGGAGCUGGGCUGUUUCCUAAUCCGUCUCAGUGAUAAGGCCAUCGGAUACAUACUGUCUUAUAAAGGCAGGGAUCGGUGUCGACAUUUCGUGAUAAACCAAAGUGAAUCAGGGCAGUUUUUCGUUUGUGGAGACACUAAAGGGCACGACUCUGUCUCUGAUCUCAUAGAAUACUACAAGACUAGCUCCAUUCAGCCGUUUGGAGAGUACCUGACAUCUUCGUGUUUUGAGGCACUGGAUAAAGAGCUGUACGAUACCAUCCAGGUUAGCCCUAAAGAAAAGCCUGUGGCCUGUGAAGCUGUGAAGAACAUACGAAAACCACAGAUGAAAUCGGCCUCAGUGCAGCCGCCUGCACGACCACCAAAGAGCAACAGGACACUAGAGGAAGUACCACCUUUGCCUCGGAGGAGCAGGCACCUUGAUAGUGGCCCCGUAAAUGACAUUUUGUAUGCUCAGCUCAGGAAGCAAAUACCUAGGGAGAUACCGAGAUCCCGACACAUCUGUCAGGACAAUUUCCCUGGCAAUAAUCCAGGGAGAGCUGGGAGAUCCCCAACCCAGGAUCAGAGCAGGUGUAGUCCUCCAGCUGGACCAGAGUCUGUAUAUUGUGAGCUCGGCCUGUUGGACACCAAGAGCAGAUCUCUAACGCUUCUGGACAACAACUCUGAUGGAGAGCAGUCUUGCAGGCUGAGUGCACCCCCCCACACACCACCAAGACUUUCCCCCAGGCCGGUCAGACAAGCCAAUUACUUUGGCCCGGCGCCAGAGAGGACAGACUCGUGCAGCAGAGCCAGCAGCUGCAACAGCCUGGAAAACAUGAGUGACAGCGCUGUCUAUCACCUGGCUGGCAGGCCUGGUAGCCCACACACUACACCCUCUGGGGCCAGAUCAUCGGCAGCAGAGCAGCACAGUGGUUCAGUGUAUGAUGAGGUCCCCAUUGAAGCCACCGUUGGCCGCUUUCUUCAUAACAAUACAUAUGAGCUGAUUCCUGGCCACGAGAACACACCUCAACCCAACAGCAGCACUUAUGAGCCUCUGGAGAACAUCAGGCCCAAACAUAACCACUCUUCCUGGGGGUUGAAGAACGAUAAAUGGAAAUGGCUGUUUCCUGAGGCCAAGAGGAAAUGGUGAAAAGGUUACCUUACCAGCUGCUGAUGAAAAUGUUCACUAAUUGUACUCUGACACUACAGUGGCUGCCUAAUAUACAGAACACUCUGUGAAAGCUUCUUUUACAUAUUCAACAUUACUUUACAUGUUCAUAGCUAUUCAAAUGACAUCUUCUGUAUUUUUGCUUUUUAAUGUAUUUAUUUAAAAAUGAUUAUGCAUUUACAUUUAAAUAAAUGAGAGAUUCAAGAAGGAAAAGUCAUAAUUCUUUUCUCCAGAGAAAAA